UUAGGAGGGUGUGACGUAAGGAAGCUGCAGUGUGUAUAGUUGUGCGAAGGACAAGGACGGAGAAAAGAGCUGUAGUUUAAAUGUCUGUCUUUAUCACAGAGAUAUAGUUUAACUGUCUUUAAGGACAUUUUGUUUUUAUUUUUUGACUGAAUUUCCGUAAGGAUUUCCCAGGGGAAAAAUAAUGCCAGAACUCAGGAGCUACUGCGAGCCGGGCGUGUCCAUGCAGCGGGUGUGGACCGAUAAUGGAUUCGCCCCUUGCUUCUUCUUUACUCUCGUCCCCGCUGUCCUCGGGACGCUCGCCGUGCUCCUCGGCACCUUUCACUGCGUCUGCUACGCUCGCUACGGGACCAGCAUCGAGUCCCGAUACGUACCGCGUUCCCGCCUUUACAAACUGCAGCUGGCCCUGUCGGUCCUGCUCGGGCUCCAGGCGCUGGUCUGGAUGAUAUUCCGGGUGGUACGGGACUCUCCGGUGCCCGGGUACGUGGUGCUCUGCGGCUGUCUCUAUGCCCUGGCGUGGGUGUGGGCGACGGCGCUGCUGAGGAUGGAGAGGAAGCGGGUUCUGUUGAUGGACAGGACGAGAGGACACAGUGCCGUUCUGCUGCUAUACUGGACAGCGGCGUUCGUCGCCGAGAACCUGGCGUUCGUGUCGUGGGAGAGCCCGAGCUGGUGGUGGGGGCUCGAGAACCCUGAGCAGUUGGUGGAAUUUGCGUUCUGGCUGUUCCGUUAUAUCUGCUCUGGGACGCUGUUCUUCAUCGGGCUCAAAGCUCCUGGACUUCCACGAAGACCUUAUGCGCUCCUUAUUAACGAGGAUGAGCGAGACGUGGAAAGUGAUGGGCAGCCUUUGCUAGGCGGCGCAGCACAGAGCCAGUCGGCGUGGACUGACUUCAGGAGGAAGGUGCGUCUCCUGCUGCCGUACAUGUGGCCGAGCGGGAGCGUCGUCCUCCAGCUGCUCGUCCUGCUCUGUCUUGGGCUGCUAGGAUCCGAACGCGCCAUCAAUGUCUUUGUGCCCAUCUACUAUAAAAACAUAGUAAACGACCUGACCGGAGGAAGUCCCUGGAAGACCUUGGCCACCACUGUGUGCAUCUACGUCCUGCUCAAGUUCCUGCAAGGAGGUGGUGCGGGUUCUUCAGGCUUCGUCAGUAACGUCCGGACGUUCCUGUGGAUCCGCGUGCAGCAGUACACGGGUCGCGUGGUCCAAGUCCGCCUGUUCGCCCAUUUACACUCGCUGUCUCUGCGCUGGCACCUCCAGCGGCGCACUGGAGAAGUCCUGCGCAGCAUCGACCGCGGAACCUCCUCCAUCGACAGCCUGCUCAGCUACAUCGUGUUCAGCAUCUUCCCCACGAUCGCCGACAUCAUCAUCGCCAUCAUCUACUUCAUCUCCAACUUCAACGCCUGGUUCGGCCUCAUCGUGUUCGUCUGCAUGGCGCUCUACCUCACUCUCACCGUCAUCAUAACAGAAUGGAGGACGAAGUACCGGCGGGACAUGAACACUCAGGACAACAACGCCAAGGCGAAGGCAGUGGACUCGCUGCUGAACUUCGAGACGGUGAAAUACUACAACGCAGAGGAAUAUGAAGUAGGCCGCUUCGAGGAAGCCAUCCUAAAGUACCAGUCGUUGGAGUGGCUGACCAACGCGUCUCUGGCUCUGCUGAAUCAGACACAGAACCUGAUCAUCGGCGCGGGGCUGCUGGCCGGCUCGCUGCUCUGCGCGUACUUUGUCUCCGAGGGCAAGUUUCAGGUUGGAGAUUAUGUUCUGUUCGGCACUUACAUCAUCCAGCUUUACACACCUCUCAACUGGUUUGGCACAUACUACAGGGUCAUCCAGAGGUCAUUCAUCGACAUGGAGAGCAUGUUCAAGCUGUUUGAUGAAGAGGAGGAGGUGAAGGACGACGUGAAUGCCAGAGCCCUGCAGUACAAACGGGGGGAGAUCGUGUUCGAGAACGUUUUCUUCAGCUACGUAGAGGGGAAGGAGAUCCUGAAGGACGUCUCGUUCACCGUCCUGCCCGGUCAAACCGUAGCUCUCGUGGGUCAGUCAGGCUCGGGGAAGAGCACCAUCGUCCGUCUACUCUUCCGUUUCUAUGACGUUCAGGGCGGUUGUAUCCGCAUCGACGGCCAGGACGUUACCAAGGUGAAGCAGGCGUCGUUGCGCUCCCACAUCGGCGUCGUGCCCCAGGACACCGUCCUCUUCAACGACAACAUCCGCGAGAACAUCCGUUACGGCCGGAUCUCCGCCUCCGACCAGGAAGUAGAGGACGCCGCCAUCGCUGCAGACAUCCACGACAAGAUUCUCUCUUUUCCUGACGGCUACAGCACACAAGUGGGCGAGAGAGGUCUGAAGCUGAGCGGAGGAGAGAAGCAGAGAGUAGCCAUCGCUCGCACCAUCCUCAAAGCGCCGCAGAUCAUCCUGCUGGACGAGGCCACUUCCGCCCUGGACACGCAGACGGAGCGCAACAUUCAGGCCUCGCUGGCGAAAGUGUGUGCCAACAGAACCACCGUGGUGGUGGCCCACAGGUUGUCGACCAUCAUCGGAGCCGAUCAGAUCCUCGUGGUGCGAGACGGACGGAUCGCUGAGAGAGGAAGACACGACGAGCUCUUGGCUAAAGGAGGGCUCUACGCCGACAUGUGGCUCAAACAGCAGCAGGCCUCCGACUCCGACUCGGCCUCCGACUCGGAAACCAAAGACAGACUUCCUGAGAAACUGCAACCGCCGACGUCCUCUUCAGGACACGGGCAUCACUAAGGGACCAAAGCAAGGAUUUUUUUUUUUUUUUUUUUUUUUUAAUAAGAUGAAUUAUCAUGUCUUCAUCCACUACUGAGGCGGCGCAUGAGCGAGAUCACAUUCAUUAUUAGAACAGAUGUAUUCUUGUCUUUACACUAAGUAAUGUACGCUUGCACUGUCAAGAAAUUCUGUUUUCUUGCAUCACUUUAUCAAAGAAAAAGAACAAAACCACACUUCUCAUGUGGAUAUUUACUGGUAGGAGAAACCUCUAAAUUUUAAGAGUUUACACUUAGCUGUUUGGUUUCAUUGAUACAUGGUGGUGGUAGCAUUUGCCUCAUUCAUGUUAAAUAUUCAAAUUACCUUAAAGCUUGGAAAAUUCUAAAAAUAGGAAUACUUAAUAUUUCAUAUUAAGUUUGAAAGUUUUUUUAAUUCUGUUUUUCCCCCAUCACUACGUAGUGUUUGGUUUUUAGUUAAACGACCUAAUAAAUCAGAUACCUUAAUAAUAAAAAGCACUAACGUGCCACUUAGUUACGUUAGAUCAUCAAUGUGUUUAUUAUGUAAACAAAAUAGAAAACAAGGUACUAACAAGCUCGAUGGUCCCCGAGAGAGCCGAAGACCAUCACCAGGUGAUUUUUAGCUAGAAUGUUUUUCGUUUGUUUGUUUCAUGAUUAAAUUUAAACACUGACACUGAAAUAUUUUUUUUUCUCUAAUUCAAUAUUUCUGUCUUUUUAUGUUUUACUAUUUUUAUCUCUCGGGUUAUGUCUUAGUUAGUUAGUUUGUGAGUACUAAAUGAUAGUAUUUAUUGGGAGAUUUAAAUAGCUACUUUAAAUAUUCAUCAGGUUCAACUGACUUAGGAUGUAAUUAUUUUUUUGGAUCAUGUAUUAUCUGUUCUAGGUUGGGUUUUUUAGUAGACAUUUUAAGUUUAUUUUUUGAGAGUGUUUGCGUUAAAUUCAGUCAGUUUGUUGUGUUAUUAAAGAUGUUAAGAAAUACUUUGAUAUAUAAUAAGAAAGUGUGUGUGUGUGUGUGUGUGUGCGCGCGCGUUAGGAGAAAGACACUAUACUCAGGCUGUUAAGACAAAAGGGUGUGUUUAAACAUAGAGAUUACACAACGUCCAGUGAUCAUCCUCUGUGCUCAAUAGAUAACGCACAUCUGUGAACAUGUGGUCUUCUGUGUGAAAACAGCUCGACUGCAGGGUCAUUUGUGAAUUCAUUAUUUUAAUUUUGUGUGUGUGAUUGCGAGUGGCGUUUGUGUGUAUGGAGGAACAGAUCUGCAAAAAAAAAAAGUGUACACAAAGUAGAAUGAAAAUUCAGGUGAUAUUAAUAAUUAGAUAAAAAUACCAAAAAAAACUUUCAGAUGAAAUAAAAAGUAAAUACAUACAGACACAACUUAAGCAAAUAAGGUUAAUUUGCAAAUAUGUUUAAAAGCAACUGAGUUAGAAUAAAAUAAAUUUGUUAGGGUUUUUUGGCAAAAUCUUAAUUUACUGUUUAAUGAA